AUGCCGUCAGACUACACAACCACCGGCGGUGGCCUCAAAUUGAAAGGCGUCGGUGUCGACAAAAAGAAAAAGAAGAAGCGACCCAAGCCCACCGAAGCUGACGAAUCCUCCACUACAGACAUCGAGAAGCGCACCUUGAAUCCUGAAGAUGUGAAGUCACUCGGCCGAUCAUUGUCGCCAGACGCCGCCGAACAAGCGAUCAAGGAGAGCGGCGGGAGGAAAAAGACCGAGGCUGAGAAGAGGCAUGAAGAAUACAGAAGGAAGAGGUUGGAGGAGAAGUUGAAGCGCGAAGGUGUCAGGACACACAAGGAGAAGGUGGAGGAGCUGAACAAGUAUCUGAGCGGGCUGAGCGAGCACCAUGAUAUGCCCAAGAUCGGCCCUGGCUAA